CUCGCCUACGUCGAGUGGUUCACUCCUUUCAAACCACCAGACCCUGUUUCUCGAAUGCGACAGGUCUCGCGCUCAACACGACAACUUUGCUGCAAUGCCGCUGUAAUCCACGUUGAUGAAAUUGUGCAGCCGUGCCACCUUAUACCAAAGAUGGGA